AUGUCAGAGAAAGCCCGAACCCCUACCAGCGCAGACCCCUGGACCAUCGACGAUGCGGUCGAUCUCUAUCACCUGGACAGCUGGGGCCGGGGUUUUUUCUCGAUUAACGCGAAGGGCCAUGUCGAGGUGGCGGCAGAGAUCGCCGGCGGCGCGGGGUUGGACCUCAAACGUUUGGUCGACGAGGUCAUCGAGCGUGGCAUCGAGCCGCCGUUGCUACUCCGUUUCUCUGAUGUCCUCAAGGCGCGGCUGGAGGAGAUCCAGACGGCCUUUGCCAACGCCAUCGAAAGCAAUGGCUACCGCGCCGGCUACCGUCCGGUUUAUCCGAUCAAGGUCAAUCAGAACCGCUUUCUGGUCGAAGAGCUGCUGACCGCUGGACGGCCCUUCCACUACGGCUUGGAGGCGGGCUCCAAGCCCGAGCUGAUCGCGGUGAUGGCACUGCUCGACGAUCCGCAAGCGCUGGUGAUCUGCAACGGUUUCAAGGACGAGGAGUACAUCGAGACCGCCCUGUUGGCGUCGCGGCUCGGACCCAGGGUCAUCCUGGUGCUGGAGAAGCCGUCCGAGCUGCCGCUGAUCUUGCAGGCCGCCGAACGUACCGGGGUCGCGCCGCGGAUCGGUAUCCGAGCCCGCUUGGCGGCCCGGGGAUCUGGCCAUUGGCAAGCUUCAGGCGGUGAGCGCUCCAAAUUUGGGCUGGGAGCGCGCGAGAUGGUCGAGGCGGUGGAGCUGCUUCGAGAGCGCGGCUUGCUCGAUCGGCUCGAGCUGCUGCAUUUUCAUCUCGGCAGCCAGAUCUCCUCGAUCCGCCACCUCAAAGAGGCGCUGCGCGAGGCCGGGCGGGUCUAUGUGCACCUGACCCGGAUGGGCGCGGCGCUGGGCUAUUUCGACGUCGGCGGCGGCCUAGGGGUCGACUACGACGGCUCACAAUCGAGUGACGUGUCGUCGAUCAACUACUCGCUUCAGGAGUACGCCAACGGCGUCAUCUACGGCAUCCAAGAGAUCUGUGACGCGGAAGGCGUCGAGCAUCCCGUGGUGGUGACCGAAGCGGGGCGCGCGACGGUCGCCCAUCACGCAGUGUUGGUGCUCGACGUGCUGGACGUUCGCCGCCCGCGGCCGGUCGAGGUACCGACCGAGCUGCCGGCCGCAAACCAGCCCAACACCGAGCUGCCCCUGGUGCGCCUGCUGGAGACCUACCACGCGCUCGGCCCGGCGAGAUGCCGCGAGGCGUAUCACGACGCCUUGCAAUACCGCGACGAGUGUCUGAGCCUGUUCAACCUCGGGCAUUUGUCGCUCGCCGACCGGGUGCUGGCAGAAGAUAUCUUCGACGCCCUCUGUCGCCGGGUCUGGGAGCUGCGGCAGUCCGACAAUGGCGAGCUUUCCGGCGAGCUCGUGGAACUCGGUCAGCAGCUGGCCGACAUCUACUUCAUGAACUUCUCGCUGUUCCAAUCGAUGCCCGACUCCUGGGCCAUCGAGCAGCUCUUUCCGGUGUUGCCGAUCCACCGUCUCGACGAGUGCCCCUCAGCGCCGCGGAGUGCUCGCUGA